CGCACGUGACGCCGGCGCGGCACUCGGGCGACGCUGGCUGCUUCCCGGCCGGCCUCGCUCCCCGCAUCCUCGCUCUCUCUCCACCACCACACUCACACCGCCCUCUCCACGCCCGCGUGCAGCUCCAGCACGCUUGCGGCCUGCGCCAUGUCGCCGUCCGCGUCGCCCGGGCCGGCGGCGCCCGCCAGCGCCGCGUCGCGCUCGCCGUCGCGCUCGCCGUCGCCCGGCCUCACGACGCUCUACCCGCCGCCGCCGGCGUCGGCGGCGCGCUGGACGCCCGCCAACAUGGCGCGCCUCGCCGUGCUGCAGGCCUGGCACGCCGCGCGCCCGCAGCUCGACGGCUGGGCCGCACUGGCGCCGCACGAGCGCAUCGCGGCGCAGAACGACGUGCUGCGCGCCGCCGCCGCCGAGGAGGGCGCCGCACCGGCAGCGAACGGCACAUCGACUCCCGAUGACGAGCGCCUGUCCAGCGCGGUGCUAGGAGACGAGGCGCCCGAGGUCGCCUGGGACGUGCUGGCAGAGAUGGACGCGCCGCGCCUCGACUGGAUCGAACAAGACGGCGCCUACUGGACAUGGGGCGAGCGCUGGGAGAUCACGCCGCCGGCGCCGACGCUCGAGGGCUCGGGCGUGCCGUGCCUCUACGACGCCACCGAGCCCGACCGGCGCGUCUCGCUGCAGGCGCUGCUGCGCACCUUUCUCAUGGCGCAUCUCGCGCUCGUCGACGCCCUCACGCACCCGCCGCGCGAGUACACGGCGUGGCAGGCCGACGAACAGGCGCCGGGCGGGCAGGUCGCCGUGCUGCGCAGCACGGCGAUGGACCAGUGGGAGCAUGCGCGCAGCGCCAUCAUCAACAUGCAGCACCUCGUCAACGAGCUGCGCCCGCGGCAGGCGCGCGAGGCGCUCAAGCAGACGAUGCGCGACCAGCUCGACCGCCGGCGCGCCGAGACGGCGCUGCUGCGCUCGCGAUGUGCCGAGGUGCGCCAGGAGAUCGCGGACGUGCGGACUGCGCUCGGGACAGUAAGAGUACCGGGACAGGACGCCGCCAUGGCAGACGGCUCAAUGAGACCAGUGUGA